AUUGGUAGCGUAUAUCUUGUGACCAUAAUAAUAAUAAUAAUAUUAUCACGAUAAUAGUGGCGUCAUAUGGGACGAUCGCGAGAUCGUCUCAGUGUAAAUUCGUGAUCGAACAGCUAACAACAACGAUGUCGGUGUGUCGACUGUACGUCGUAUUAUUCCUAUGUUUUGGACUGACGACUUUAUCCGUUUACGGUAAAGUACCGGCAGACGAUGUCGUAUUUCCCGAAUCACUGAGUUCAGGACAUCGACAUUCAUCGUGGAACUUUGAAAAUGAACGACCGCCAUCCAGAAGAACUAUAAGACAAGGAAACCGUCGUCCGAGACCACCGAUGCCAAACGACGAAGAUCCAUUUGCUGGGCUUGAACCCCAAGGUAAUAACCGACCAUCUGGUGGAAACCAAGGCCAAUGGUCCAAUCAAAGACCUAACCAACAACAGAACUUUGGUAAUCAAAACCAAUGGAGUACCAACGGUAAUAACCAGGGUCAAAACCAAUGGGGUACGAACGGUAAUAAUCAGGGUCAAAAUCAAUGGGGCACCAACGGUAAUAAUCAGGGUCAAAACCAAUGGGGUACGAACGGUAAUAAUCAGGGUCAAAAUCAAUGGGGUACGAACGGUAAUAAUCAGGGUCAAAAUCAAUGGGGCACCAACGGUAAUAAUCAGGGUCAAAACCAAUGGGGUACCAAUGGUAAUAAUCAAGGACAAAACAAUCAAGAAAACAGACCACCUACACAGCCGAUCACCAAUCAAGGUAACAGACCACCUACACAGCCGACCACCAAUCAAAAUCCAGUGCAAACCAGCACGACUUCGUCAAACAGUGAUGAGGCAAGUGAAGAACAGAGAAACAUGUGCAAUGCGACCUGCAGGGAAAGGAUUACAAACGAAUACAAUCCCGUCUGUGGGAGUGAUUCUCAAACAUACCAAAACAGAAGAUUUUUGGAUUGUGUCGCCAACUGCGGUAUAAUCACCGAAUUCAGCUACAUCGGGACUUGCGUGACGACGACCCAACGCAUUACUCGCGCAUGAUGGGAUUUCAAAAUUUCACGACUGCUUCUGAUACAAAUAGAUAAACGAUUGAUUUUUAUAUAAAUAUGUAUAUUUUCACCGCCAAUAUCACAGCACAAAUUAUUGUGUUUUAAUGUUAUAUUGUAUUUUAAGAUUAUUUAUAUAUGGUUGACGUAAUACAAUAAUAUUAUAUUGCAUCUCAUAA